GCCGUAAUGAAAUUCUUCUUUCAAAAGUUCUUAAAGACUAUCGAAAUGAGGUAUUCCUAUGUACAAAAUUUGGUAUCACCCGUUCUUCAAACGGAGAAUUCUUGGGAUUCAAAGGUACCCCCGAGUAUGUUCGCGAAGCUUGGAAUAAGGAUUUAGGAUCAGUCUUUGGUUUAAAGAAAUUAAAGAACAUUUAUUUAAGACCGAUUGAGGACACAAUCACAGCUAUGGCAGAACUUAUUAAAGAGGGUAAAGUUAAAUAUCUUGGUCUUUCAAAAUGUUCGGCUAGUGACCUUCAACGUGCUCAUAAAGUGCAUCCAAUUUCUGCUCUUCAGGUUGAAUAUAAUCCAUGGUCUCUUGAUAUUGAAACUAAUGGAUUAAAGGAAACAUGCGAAAAACUCGGUAUUACAAUUGUCGCUUAUAGUCCAUUGGGCCGUGGGUUUUUAACAGGAAGAUUUAAAUCAAAUGCCGAUUUUGAAGAAAACGAUUUUCGUAAAAAUCACCCUCGGUUUAUGGACGAAAAUUUAGUAAAAAUUUUAGAACUUGUUGAUAAAUUAAAUGUUCUGGCAAAGAAAAAGGGAAUUACUAAUAGUCAACUUUGUAUAGCUUGGGUUUUAGCACAGGGAGAUAACAUUAUUACAAUUCCAGGAACUAAGAAAAUGAAAUAUUUGGAAGAAAAUAUCAGUGCAGCAAAUAUUCGAUUUUCGACUGAAGAAUUGGCUGAAAUUCGUGAAGCUAUUAAUUCUGUUGAAAUUUCUGGGAUAGAA